AUGCGUGUGUUUGCGACGUCGCUUUUGCUCUUUGUGCUGCCCGUGCUGGCCAAGGCGCCGCCUAAGGAACUGCAGAUCGGUGUUACGCACAGUGUCGCUGAGUGCCCAUACAAGUCGCAGAACGGCGAUACGCUGUUGAUGCACUACACGGGCCGCCUUUGGGAUGGGACAAAGUUUGACGCUUCGUACGAUCGCGGCAAGCCCUUUGACUUUGAGAUGGGUGUUGGGCACGUCAUCAAAGGCUGGGAUUUCGGGCUGCGCGACAUGUGCAUCGGGGAGAAGCGCCGCCUAAAGAUUCCAUCGGACUUGGCGUACGGCCCUGUCGGCGCAGGCGACGUGAUCCCCCCGGACGCGGCGCUCGUGUUCGAUGUCGAGCUUCUCGAUAUCCAAGGGCCACGUAUGAAAUCACUGCGCGCUUCGCAGGGAAAGGACGAGUUGUAG